AUGGACCAUCAAAUCCAACUGGCAGACUACCUAUUUCGACGCCUCUACCAGGCUGGCGUGCGUGCCGUCCAUGGCGUCCCGGGGGAUUAUAAUAUCACGGCCCUGGAUUACAUUGUUCCCGCGGGGCUGGAGUGGGUAGGGAACUGCAACGAGCUCAAUGCCGGCUACGCUGCCGACGGAUACGCCCGAGUCAACGGAAUCGGCGCGUUCACCACCACCUUUGGCGUUGGGGAGCUGUCGGCCAUCAAUGCCGUGGCCGGUGCCUAUGCGGAAAUGUCACCGGUGGUUCAUGUUGUCGGCACUCCAUCCAGAGCGUUCCAGAAACAGGGCCGGCGCAUACAUCAUACUCUCUGCACCGGAGAGCCAAGUGAUUAUACCAUCUACUCCGAAAUGACGGUCAAGAUCACCACCGCACGAGAGAAUCUGGUUGAUGAAGCCACGGCAACAGCCCAGAUUGACCGUGCUCUGCGGGAAUGUAUUCUUCAGUCGCGGCCCGUCUACAUCCAACUUCCCACCGACAUGGUCACUGCGCUGGUGCCAUCCGCGGCUCUAGCCACUCCUCUCGACCUGAGUCCUCCGCCUCACGACCAGGACACCAAAAGACUGGCUGCGAACCACAUUUUGCGAAAGAUAUACGCAUCAAAACAACCAUUCCUGUUGGUGGAUGCUGGUACAUCGCGAUAUGGAGCAACUGAUGAGGCGAACGACCUCGCACGUCGCACAGGGUUCGUAACAUGCACUACACCCUUUGGAAAGAGCAUCAUCAACGAGACUAUGGCAAAUUUCCACGGUGUUUAUGGCACGACAGGGAAAAGAGUUUUUUCGUCCUGGGUGGACUCAUGCGAUCUUAUCAUCUACAUUGGGCCCCGCGUGAGCAACAUCAACACAUACGGAUUUACGACCAUUCCCCGGCCGGAGGUGUCUAUCACAUUCGAUCAGAACUUAGUUACAGUCUGCGGCUCCCAAACCUACAACGUGCCCGUGAAGGCGACUCUACAGGAAGUUCUAGACCAUCUGGAUGCUGCCCAGCUGCCAAAAUACACGCCCUAUCCCAACCUCCCGAGCCCACAGCAAGAUCUGGCCUCGCUAACUCCUGCCCAGCCAGUGGACGCAUUGGCCCAUGAUACAUUCUGGGAGCGCAUGUCGCACUUUUUUCGCCCCGGGGAUAUCAUCAUGACGGAGACCGGAACCUCUAGCACCGGCGGGCGGGAGUUCGUGUUGCCCGAAAACACCCGGUUGAUCAACUCGAGCAUAUGGCUCUCGAUAGGGUUCAUGCUUCCGGCCGCACAGGGUGUCUGUCUUGCCCAGCGCCAAGGUCAAAUGCAGGGGCGGACUAUCUUAUUCGAAGGCGAUGGCAGUUACCAGGUGACAGCGCAGGAGCUGAGUACGAUUAUCCGCAAGCGUCUGGAUCUCAUCAUCUUCCUGAUGAACAACAAUGGCUAUACCAUUGAGCGGCUGAUCCACGGCCGCGAUGCCGAAUACAACGAGGUCGCUCCAUGGCGCUACUUGGAGAGCCCCAGCUGUUUUGGUGCGCCCGCAGAUGGAUACGAUGUGCAGACCGCCAGGGUGGAGACCUGGGGUGAGAUGCAUGCGCUUCUUGCGGAUGAGAAAUUCCACACCGGGCAUGGCUUGCGAAUGGUGGAGGUCAUGCUGGACACUUAUGAUGCCCCUGAGGCCCUCAAGUCCUUGACCGCUCGGAACAUCAAGGCCUAUCAGCAAAAGAACUAG